UGGGUAUUGUUUUCAUUUAUUUUCAACCGUACACGUGCAGGCAGAAAUAAUAACAAAUAAAAAUGCUGCGAAAACAAGCCAGACAACGAAGGGAAUACCUUUAUAAUAAAGCACUCACCGAGCGCCUCAAGUCCAAGCAGAAAAUCCAGGAGACCGUUGUUCAAAGCAUCAAUGAAAACAAGACCAUUAGCUCCAAAAAUGUGAAGAAAAGUAUGACGGCCUACAAGUCGCUGAAAUAUGCAGAUGAUGGUGUCGACGACCGCACCGUCAAUGAUGAAUACCACUAUGCCGGAUGUGAGGACCCCAAAAUAAUGCUGACCACCUCGCACAACCCCUCAUCCAGAUUGAAAAUGUUCAUGAAGGAGCUCCGGCUGAUAAUUCCAAAUGCCCAGCAGAUGAACAGAGGAAACUACCAGCUGACGACACUAAUGCAUGCCUGUCGUGCCAAUAAUGUAACCGAUUUCCUAAUUGUCCAUGAGCAUCGUGGUAUUCCGGACAUCCUUGUGGUUUGUCAUCUUCCGUAUGGGCCGACUGCCUUCUUCAACAUAUCCGAUGUGGUAAUGCGACAUGAUAUUCCCGAUAUCGGACACAUGAGCGAGCAGAAGCCACAUUUAAUUUUUAAUAAUUUCAAAACGCCCAUUGGCUUGAGAACUGUAAAGAUACUUAAGCACUUGUUCCCUGUGCCGAAGGAAAACUCCACAAGGGUAAUGUCCUUCCUAAACCACAAUGACUCGAUUAUAUUUAGGCAUCAUCAGUACAAAUAUGUAAACAAGGAAUUGGAGCUCAGCGAAGUGGGGCCACGAUUCGCUCUGAAGCUGUAUCAAAUUAAGCUUGGAACGCUAGAGAACAUAAAGGCGGCUGACACUGAAUGGAUUAACCGUCCAUAUAUGAACACCUCGCAGAAAAGGCUUAUAUUUUCUAACGACCCGGAAUAAUAAACAAGGACACUGACGUCUAGAAUCUUUGUAAAUG